AUGAAUGAGCGACAGGUUCAGCACACUAAAGGACUGCAGUCUGCGUCUGGCUAUGAGCCAUGUGAUUUUCCCGAUAAUCUUCGUCAUCUGCCUGAUCCGCUUUCCAAGGCCUACGGUCGGCAAAUCGAAAAGGAACGUUCCGGCUCCCAGCGUGUGACGGACAGUCCGAAUGCUUCAGCCCUUUAUGAGCCACACGCCACCUUCCUGCGAUGUCGACAGGCACUUGAAAAAAUACUCGAACAACAUAGAACGCUUAAUCAGCUGCCUGGUGUAAGGCACGGUGCACGGGUCCCGCCUUCCAUCCACCGGAACGCAUCCUCAGCGCAAAUGGAUCUAACAGAUACCAUAGGUUCAUCUCUCGUGGGUGGAGGAUCCAUGGACGUUAGCAGCCUCCCUCUGCCUGGAAAGCAGUUGCAAGUCAUGGCGGGAGUUUUUGGCGAAGAGUCAUUGCAGGGCUAUAUUCGGGCAAUUUCCCUUCUCCUUGACCCAAGACUAAACACGUCAGAAGGUGCUGUACAACUGUUCUCGCGACUCAUUGCUGACAACCAGACUUCCGAUGAGGAAGACGAGCAAGAGACGCCAGUUGUUUCGAGCACGCAUCUCGCUGCUCCACCGUCAUCACCUGUAAGCAAUGAACAGGCGCGAAAUAACAGCGGCGGCGAACCAAAGACUUCUGCGGAGCUCCCCACUCUCCAAAGGGUUGUAGGGGGCUUCGGACGUAAACCGGAGAAGAAGGAGUCCGUCGUGCAAGCGUCGAAAACCGAACAAGAUUUCCAGCGCUCUGGUUCAGGGGAAAUGCCAACUUCGUCUGCAUCGGCAGCUGCCACCGCAGCGGCGGUAGCGGCACUGCUAUCUUGGAAAAAAGCUCAAAGUUUACGCCGCAUCUCCCCUGAUUGCGAUGGAAGUGAGAAAAAGAACCAAUUUUUCGAGUCGUAUGCAGCGCACACGCAGGAGCUGCUCUCUCGACAACGGCAGCAGGGACGAGACAAAGUAGGGGAGGCCGUUAGCUUCACGAAUGCUUGCAAACAGCCUGUCUUACGUCACACUAAGCAAGAGAAGAACUUGCCACAGAGUGCGUUACCAAGAGGUGUUCUGCUUGAUGCCGCUCGGGUGCUUCUAGCCACAUCCGCGCAGCACUCUAACAAUGGAGGGGAGGCGCUCCCACUGCACCAGGCCCUCGUGCACCUCUUGCUCCCCAAGGGUAACGAUCGAGACGGAAAGAAAAAAGAUAAUGAGGAUAUGUUAGAUCGCCUGACUCAUCUUCAUGAAACGCAUAGACAAGGCCCAUUGCCUCCUGAAAAUGUAUCGAUUGAGGCGUUGAGGGCAAAGAGGUCAUCCUCGUGGAAUCACUCAGGGUUCGAACUGCGGGACAAGAAGAGUAACUCCCCUCUCGCCUACGAUAACUCAAGCAAAAAGUUUUCACAUUCGAGCCCAGAUCACCGCACGGAAGGAGGAAGAAACGCAAACAGUAGGGAACCUUCGUGCCUUCAGCCGAAGGACACACCAACUGAUCUGGACGCUCACCUGACAUCCCACAGUGUUGCGGCAACGGUAAAUGCCUCCGACGACGAAAUGAUUGAGGCUACUGCGGCAGCCUUGAAAGCGAUAGGGCGACUCCUGACGAUACGAGCAUCUCGUAGGCUUCCGGAACGUCAGCCAUCGGCAUUACUACUUCCAGUCAACUCUCCAUCCAAAACCUACACAGCCGACGAAGCAUGCACAGGCACACAAGCGAUAGCGCCCGGCAGCGCGGUCCAAAAAGUUACUGCAGACUUGCCGGUCGCUCGAAACCUCUCUUCACAUAUACGCCAUAUUUUGUCGACCUAUGUGACCUCCCAAAAGGAUGCGGGCGUCCUAUCAGCGGCUCUGGCAGCUGCGCUGCGGCGAGAUGGUCCUCCUUCUUCAGAUAGAGUCCAGGCACUUGAGGUUGCAGAUGCUGGUUGCGAGAGUGGUCUGCUUCAGUACGUGGACACUCACCGUCCCAGUCGAAAGCGCGUUCAACAGCCAGACGAGAAAACCAGAGAAUCCGGAAGACAAGAGUGUGGUGUUGUCUUCUCCACAAGGGAAAAGCUUGAAGGAGGACCGACUGUCGUGCCUCCUGGGAAGCAUGUACAAAGUGUUAGCUAUGGGGUUCCGGCCCUGCACACUGGCCAUAUAGAGGCUGCUGAGAGCUUCACCCCCCAAAGACUUCGUCUCUUUCAGCAGCUUGCCAGGUUACAUGGCUUGCCGCAGAUCAAUGGGCGCCCCGGGGCAUCUUUCGGGGAGGAAGAAAACAAACUAUCUGUCGGAAAAAAGGGUAUUGUGCCUCAAGAGAAAGGCCAAUUGUCGUGUAACACUGCUCGUAUGAGUUCGUGCUCGCCAGUACCGCCGCUCCUCUCUUCAGAUCCCGAAGCUUCAUCAGAAGCAUCAGCGGAAAUUCAUGUAUGUCCGGCACCGCCUCCGUCGCCCGCCCACGCUGGUCUGCGCGUCCCUAAAGGCCCGCUGCAGACAGCCGCCUUACCGUGCUCUAAGGGUGGCCAGGAGCAACAAAGAAGAGAAGAUGCUCAUGUCAUACCUGGAGCUUCUCGCGCAGAUUGCCAAGGAACGGGAAACACGUUAUGGCAGCAGAUUCCCCAUAGGACCUCCAAUUCGGCCGCUGCUUCGUCCUUUGCGACCGACCAAGGAGUGCUUCAACUCCUUCUGCAGGCUCACGAAUCUCUACAGAGGUCGCUCGCCUCAAACGCCCUCAAAAACAAGACCGACACACGCUUUCUCGAACGCCGGGACUUUGUGUUAGGCAAGAAAAAGGACCGCGACCAUGCUAACAGACACCAUCCAGACUCAAGCACGCAGUUGACUACCUCGCAGAGAGAUGCCAUGAAUCUCCUCGGCUUUUCUUCUUCCCGAACGCAGUUGGAGGCGGAGAUGCUCGGCGGCCAGCCCUUUAACGGGCCAGGCGGCACAACUGGAGCAACGAAUCAGUCGGAUCAGCAAUAUGGGCUUCAUACCCAGCGCCAGGGGAGCGAGGAAAACAAUCAAGCACAAAAUCAACAGAUCGCCACGAAGAGAUCUAAGCCCUUGAACCCGUACGCUACGCCGUUCGUCCCUCGAUUCGCUCUGGCGAGCUCGCUGUCUGAGGAGGCGUCCUCGAAUUCCCUCACCUCUGCCGAUGCCGCCACUUCAGGUUCUCGAUGGGGGGCUGAUAUCACGCCGGUUUCUUCCUCGCCCGGUCCAGUUCCAGUGGCUACAGAUGCGUCUUCCUUUUCAGUUGGGCGAGGUAAGUCCCAGCGCUUCGAGGCGGCCGGUCAGUUCCCUCUUCCUUCCGGAUCUGAGAAAAACCCUGACAUCCUCGCCGCGCUUGGUGCGGAGAGGGGAGGCUCGGAUAGCUGCGAGUCUCAGAAGGCGGUCCUUGAAAAUGCUCUUCAUGAGAUCCUUCUUCAGCGAAGAGUUGCAUCGCGGCGCACAGACCGCUCUCAUCGCCUGUGCAAGCUGCCUGUCAUUUUGCAAGAAGACUCGCAGGCACUACUGGCGGUACUCCGCAAACAGCUCGCUCAGACUCGUGACUCCGAAUAUGGUAUCAGGACACUCCAGCUCAACCACGCAUCUCAACCAUCUCUCAGUCAACAGCUGUCAGAAACCUUAGCCGUGAAACGGGAACAGCAGAGGAGGGGGAGCGAUAAUGUUUGCACGCACGGACGAGAGAGAGAGGCUCAUGAGGACGCGUGGCCACAGGAAUCUUUCGUGUCACUUGUCAACAAGCAGCUUCUUCGGGCGGACGAGAAGCUUCUUCCGGACGCCUCGUUGCCUCAGACGGUCGUUCCAAAGGUAACUCUUGCUCAAAAGAGACAACACCUGCAGGCGUCUGUCUCAUCCCACCACUUGCUCUGUACUCCACCACACACUGCCUCAGGAGUCCACGGUGAAGAUGCUUCCUUCCUACAGAGCGCUGCAAAGAGACAACCCUUCAGAGGGGGGUCUCAGCUUCACCUGUCUGGCCUCGCUGUCCCGGAUGCCGACCUCGUGACAGCAGAGAGCACACGAGAGGUAACGGAAAAAGGAAAGGAACGAGUAGCCGUGAGAAAAGCAGCGGUACAGCAGGGGGGUGAGGCGGAGGCAGGCGACUUUGGCUCGAGUGUCAGAAAUACGAAUCGACCCGAAACGAAUACGGGAGACCUUUCUUCAGCUCUGUCGAAAGAGCACUUGACCUUGCUUCAACUCCAACACAGGAUGCAUGCUUUGCAGCUGCAGAGCCACCAAACUCGAGCUUCUUCGAGUGCUAAUCUCGAGCGGCAUCCUCAUUCGUCGCCACUCUCUCCUCAGGUCGACUGUCCAUCUUCUUUUGGAAGGCAGACGAGGCACCCUUCGCUGCAUUCGAACAACGCACCAGUCGCUGGGGAGGCGCGGCUCUCGCAAGCGACUCUAACGGCAAUUCACCUGAACGAUAGCAGCAGCAUUGACUCCAUUCCUCCUUGUCCUCUCGUUCGCUCUCUACCUACACGGAGUAGCAAGAACGCUGCGGCAACUGGUCACUCCAUUCUCUUGCAGGAGGCUUCACGCCAGAAAGGAGCACAACGGGACGCCGGCGUGAAUCCAGAAUCAUUGUCGACUCCGCCCAUGCGUCUGCCAGAACUACACACAGACUCAAGUAGUGACUCGUACUCUGUUGGCAACACAGCGGCCGCGCCCGUCGCCCUGACACAGGCAGCGCCUGAAAAUGCGCGAAACGAGCAAGCUACAGGGAGGGACUCAUCGGCCAUUGACCGCAAAUACCAUGGCGGAUCCUCUCGAAUAGUGCUCAGUCAAGUGGAUGUAAACGUGAAGGAACCCGGUAGGCAAGAGGAAGUGUUCGGUUCUCAUGUUCCCGAUACGAAAGGACGGAUCUUGGGUCCGAAAAAGGGAGAUGAAAAUUCCUUGUCUCCCACGCAACAAACGCAUCUGCUCCAAACAACACUUCUCGCCCUCUCCCGUGGGGGUUCCUCGCUGUCGCCUGCUCUCCUCGCUGCGCUCGGUGCGGCAGCCGCUUCUCCAGAGACCUUGCUAGGUCACCUGCGUAGGCUGGCUGCUGCGGAAAUGAAAAUGCCUUCUAGAUCCGAGAAGGUGCUGGGGCAAGUGGACCCCUUUCGAUCGGUUUCUUCUACCUCCGAAAAUACUGGAGAGCCUUCGAAUGAAUAUUCACUGCCGCGAUCAGCCCCCUCGCGCAUCAGCGAAGUCCAUCAAGGAGACGACGUUGCUGGUGAACGCCUCCCGUCUCCCUCCCAGAACCUUCAUCUCAGUCAGAAGGGCAUCUACUCGAAGAAUCAGCUUCUGAAGUUGAGUCGAUGCCUUCUGCAGCAACAGGAGAGAAAGAAGAAGGCCAGGAGGAAAGCCGAGAGCUCCAGCGGGAGCGGCGAUGAUUCCGCGGAUGAGGAAACAAACAUGGUGAGGCAAUCCCUCCCCUUUGUCGAACGCUUUGCGCUUCCAGGUGAAACGGCACCCGCUGGGCAUGCCGUUCGGGGCUUGGCACGCGGCCCUCUGUCUCCAGGCAUGCACGCGGGACCGCGAAUUUUACCCGCCGGACGAAGUAAAGCCUCUGCGGCACCGCAAGGCAACAAGGUCGCCUCCAGGGUGCCCCCGCUCCUUUCGAAUAUCUUCCCACUUAACGCAGUGAAAGAUGAACUCCAAACGGGAGGCACAGUCAAGGUAGCGGUCGCACCAGAGGGGCAGGUUCAUUCGCUGAGCGAGACGGGCGAGAAACCGGCGGGUACCUCCACAGGCACUCUCUCGUUCGCUUCUCCGUCCGGGGCCACCUGUGGCUCUUCUCGGCCCUCUUCGGCAGCUUCCCUCCUCGCCACGGUAGAAGGGGCGACUCGAGACGCCCCUGACGAGACAGCAAAUAUCAGAAACACAGAGGGAGUCGAGGGGAAAGGAAGCGAUGCGAAACCAGCGUCGCACUCCUCUCUUCGGCUUCCGCGAAGACGAGGGUCAGUGCCCACGCGCGACAAAGGAAAUGAUCAGAAAUCUUCGGGGGUCGAUGGCGGGAUUGCAGGCAAGCAUGGAGUGGAAGGCGGAAACCCGUCUAAACGACGGGGCAGCACCGCUUUCCUUGUCUCUGUUGGCUCCGGGAAACACGCGUCAACAACCUCAGCCUCCCCCUGUGGUCCUGCCACCAAAGGCUUAGAACCGAGGCUACCGAAGCACGUGUUUGCUGAGGACAGCGAGCGCAACACAAAGGCGCAAACACAGAAGAAAACGGGGGAAGAGGACAUGCCUGCUGCAGGUGAAGCAGUUGCGAAAGACUCCCAGUCCAAGCAGCAGACCAAUGCAGGCAUGGCCACGCAACCUCGUCAAGGCGGGGGAGGGAAGUCUCGGGUAGGAAAGAGAGGAAGCCACACGCAACGUUCGAAUUCUUCGUCCUUUCAGGACGGUCACCAGCCUUUAUCAACAAGAAGCAAGGAGUCGUCUGAGAAAAACGAUGUGUCCGAAGCUCCUGACAGUUCAGCCUGCCCAGGUUCCCUCGCGGACAGCCAAGCGCUUCAAUCCGCAUCGAAGAACUCACCAGGAGCGGACAAGGGCCCUGAGGUAGGGACGAUGGGAUGCCUGCAGAGGCAAAAAAAGACACAGACUGCCGUUGAAACAAGAGCGAAUGUUGAAGACCAAGGUUUGCCAGAAGAGUCUGAGAACCACACAGAGGAAGAAAACCUCCACAAGAAGGUACAACACGGCGCACCUCAGUCGCACCUUGUCGCAAAUUAUUCGGCGAGCGUAGAUAGGCAUCCACUGGAAGAAAAAGAGGUAGUCAGAGACAGGAGCGUUGCCUCUGUAUCCUCUUGCGUUUGCAGUUCCUCUGAGACAGGCAAGCUGGAAGCCAUAAAACCACAAACCAUAAAUCCUACGGCGAGCACUGGUCCCAAACACCACAGGAAGAAGAAAGACACUCUCGGGAAGCCCGGUCAGGGUCUCGGAGGCUCUGUUAUCUCGAAGACCCGCAGCCAUAGCGACAGUAAAGAUACAUACAAAAGGUCAAGCAUGGCAGGCGAAGCGGUACUGAGUGUGGCUGGUGAGGCGAGGUUCAGCGCGGUGCACAGGGAGACACGAAUAACGUCGGCGUCGUCGAGCUCUUCAGAUGAAAUAUGUGAGAUGACGAAGGAAACGAAAAGGAACAAAGAGGAAACUGAGGCUUCCGCCACCUGUGUAAAGUAA